AUGCCUCCAAAACAGCAGGGAACCAAGGCAAAGCCUCCAGCAGCGUCGAAAUCAUCUAACGCAAAGGGCCAACGAUCUCGCGUAAAGCAGCCCAAGCAGCCUGCACCCGUCCUAGAUCGUAUCAAGCGUCUCUUCGGUUCGCUAUGCGCGCAGAUCGAUGGAGGCCAUUUCCCGAAUGCGCUCAAGACUUGUAACAAGAUACUCCGCCUUGACCCCACCGACGUCGACGCACGCAACGCGAAGCUCUUCCUCCUUCUCCAGACUGAGCAGUACACCGCGGCUCUGGAGCUGCUUGGCGAAGGCUCGCCGUCUGAUGCUCGGAACUUUGAACGAGCAUAUGCUUACUAUAGGAUUCAACGCGAAGAGGAGGCCGCAGAUGUCCUUGGGCAGAUAAAGGGCAAGGAGAAUGAUGACCCCCUGGUUGCGCGCGGUGUCAUACACCUUGAGGCUCAGCUGGGUUAUCGUCAAGGAUCCUACGAAAGCAGUCUCGAGUUAUACAACGAACUUCUCGACACCGCCGAACCGAACACCGAAGAACACUCCGACGUCCUCACGAACCUCACCGCGACUCAAACUCAUCAGGACUUCAUCUCCACAGACUACCUCCGCGCACUCGACGCCCUCCCCCCACAAGUCGUCAACGCGCUCGAAGAAACCCCGCCUCCGCAGCCGACGACACAAGCCCAGACCCAGCUCGCCGGCCACCUGCCUUCCAAUGAUACCACCGCUGCAAAGGAAGGCAUAGAUGGAACAAAGCCGAAAUCCCCGCGCAAGUCACGGCUCCCCAAGGGCGUUGUGCUGGGUGUUACGCCCCUGCCGGACCCGGAGAGAUGGCUCAGAAAGAGUGAGCGGACGAUCCAGCCACAUCACAAGAAGAAGCGCGGCGGCGGAGGUGGUGGUGCCACACAGGGCAGCGUUGCGGAUGCGCCCCCUUCUGGAGGCGGUGGAGGCGGCGCGUCAGGCAAGGGUGGUAAGGGCAAGAAGAAGAAAUAG